GGCCGAAAUUCAGAUUGCAAAAGAAACUGAUGAAAUGGACGAAUAUAUCGACCAACAAUUAGUAAACGGCGUUCAAUUGACAUACAAUAAAAUUAUUCAAAAGCGAAAACAAGAAUUUGAGAAUGAAGAUUCGUCCAAUCGAAAAGCAGAUACUUCAAAUACUUUUGGGUUUAUGAUCGAAUAUAUAGAAUGCAAUCCAAAUGUCAAACAAAAAUUACUUGAAAAACUAAGCACAGUUUUUUGCGGCGACAGAAACAAGAUCUCCUUUGACAAACUUACUCAACUUAAAUACAUCGAAGCAGUGAUUAAUGAAACACUUCGAAUGUCUCCGCAAGGCUUAACAAUUGUUCGAACCAACAACAAAGAGGUUGAUGUUGUUGGGUGUAAAUGGCAAGCUUCGACGCAAUUCAGAAUAAAUAUCCCUGCCAUUCAUCAAGAUCCUAGUCUUUGGCAUAAUCCGGAUAAAUUUAAUCUCGAUGGACAAAAGGGCAACAUAAAGAAAAAUUCAAAUCUUAAUUUCGGAAUUGGACGACGUAUUUGUCCUGGCCGAUUUCAAGCGAUAAACGUGUUAAAACUCUGA